AUGGACGUUUUUCCAACAAAAGAGUCGCUGACCGUCACUGAAUCAUUUGAAUUCAUAAUUCCUUACGCUUAUUAUGAUACAAAUGAAUGUUUGGAAGAGGAUCAUCGUGGAAAAUUAUCAAGAUAUAUAAUCCAUUGGAAGAGAAACAAGACGUGUUGGGCAUGUAUCAGAACAAAACGAUAG